CACACUAAUUUUGGAUAGCACCGAAAUUUUUCAAAGAGUGAAGUGAGUCUCGGUGCACAGUCACACUAGAAGCAAACCCUGUUCGCUCAGAAAACACAAAACCCUAAUCCCAAAUUCUCGUCGACAUGGACGGUGACGACGAGACAUCGGGCCCGAUGAUCGACGAGAUCUACGCCAACGGCGGCGACGACAGCGACAACCGGAGCCGGCGAGCGAUCAUGAGCGGCGACCAGCUCGACAUCGAGGCGUACGCAGGGCUUUACUCGGGGCGCACGAAGAUCAUGCGGCUUCUCUUCAUCGCCGAUGCCAACAAGAACCCCACGGUGCAGCUUGAGGCGCUUCGCAUGGCCUAUGAUGAGAUUAAGAAGGGUGAGAACACCCAUCUCUUCAGGGAAGUCGUGAAGAAGAUCGAUGGCAAGUUGGGACCUAACUACAACAUGGAUUCGGCUUGGUGCGAUGCGUUUGAUCGUAGGGCUGAGCAGAAGAGGGAGAAGCUUGAAAACGAACUCAAUGCAUAUAGGACGAACCUGAUUAAAGAAAGCAUAAGAAUGGGAUACAAUGAUUUAGGAGACUUUUACUAUGCCCAUGGUCAAUUAGGGGAUGCUUUUAAAAGUUAUGUCCGUACCCGGGAUUAUUGCACUACAUCAAAGCACAUCAUCCAUAUGUGUAUGAGUGCAAUUUUGGUCAGCAUUGAGAUGGGUCAAUUUUCUCAUGUCUCAAGCUAUGUUAGCAAGGCAGAACAGACACCUGAGGGCCUUGACCCAAUAACAGUUUCCAAGCUACGAUGUGCUGCAGGCUUAGCAAAUCUGGAGGCCAAAAAGUAUAAGCUUGCUGCUCGAAAGUUUCUAGAAACAGGCCCAGAACUGGUUAAUCACUACAAUGAAGUAAUUGCACCUCAAGAUGUUGCAACAUAUGGGGGACUUUGUGCACUUGCAACAUUUGAUCGGGCAGAGUUGAAGGCGAAAGUUAUUGACAAUUCCAACUUUCGGAAUUUCUUAGAGUUAGUACCUGAAGUAAGGGAACUGGUAAAUGAUUUUUACUCGAGCCACUAUGCUUCAUGUCUGGAAUACCUUGGGAACCUCAAAGCAAACCUAUUGCUUGAUAUACAUUUGCAUGACCAUGUUGAGACACUUUAUGAUCAAAUUCGUCACAAAGCUCUUAUCCAGUAUACACUCCCAUUUGUGUCUGUUGAUUUGAACAUGAUGGCUGACGCAUUCAAAACAACUGUUGUUGGACUUCAGAAAGAACUUGAAGCAUUGAUUACUGAUAAUCAGAUACAGGCUCGAAUUGAUUCACACAACAAAAUUUUGUAUGCACGGCAUGCUGAUCAGAGGAAUGCUACCUUCCAAAGGGUUCUAGAUACCGGAAGGGAAUUUGAUCGUGAUGUUCGUUCCAUGUUACUGAGAGCAAAUCUUAUCAAGCAUGAUCACAACCUUAGGGCAUUAAGGAAACUUUGAUUCUGUAUUGAGAUGAUAAUGGGACCAAGGUUGUUAUUUUACUUUUUCACAGGCAUUGGUCAACUAUAAGGAAGAGAAAGUUAGAAGAUUACCUUACCUUUGGUGGUUUGAAACAAGGCUGCAAACAUUCAUUUGUGCAAACAUUUAACGACAUAUUAUGGUAGCUUUUGUAUAUACUCUUUCAUAGUUUCAGUUAAUUCGUCUCCAGAUCUUCAUUUC